UUUAUUGUGAAUCGCAUUGCGAACAAGAAGCGGAUGUGACGUUGUUACUCUCGUGUUACUUUCACUUUUAUCUGCAGAGAGAAACUGAAGUGAACAAGUGAUCCAGUCUGUGCGCGUGACAGCUGCCGGGACGUCUGCUGGACUUCCGGUGUAUUGACUCAGGUGCAAAGUGAAGAAGAAGAGGUGUGAUGAAGGUGAGGUUCUCCUGUCUUCAUAUUUGAGGAGGGCUCCCUCGGUGUCACUUCUUCUCUCAGAUGGAUUUCCCCGUGGAGGCGACGGUACGUCUGGAUGUCUUCCGGGACCACGUGAAGGUGCGAGAGCUCCUCCGGUCACAUGGCUUUGUGGUGACAGAUCUGAGCAGAGACCAGGUUCGUGUCAAGGGUUCGUUUUUGAAGCUCCAAGCUGUGAAGGCCCGUUUGGAGCAACUUCUUAACUCGCAAAAACCGACCGAGACCACCCGGCGCUCCUCCUCGCCCUUUUCUUCUGGAGCCAUUUCCAAAUACUACGCAGACAGCCGUCCAGGGUCGGGUGGCGACAGAGGCAGGUUAGGAUCCAGUGACGGGCCCCUGUUCGCUCACCCGUCCUCGCCCAACACCUCUGCACCGUGGACGUCAAACACGUCCCGCAGUCAUCAAAUCUCUUCAGAGCACAGAGCGGCUGCUUCUACCAGAGCAAAGCAGCGUGAUGCGUUCAGGGCCGAAACUGAGUCAUUUGUCGUUGAUGCAGAUGUGUUCAGGUACGCAAGGCAACUCAGGAAAAAAGACCUUGACAUGAUCCUGGAGACUCAUAACGUAAGAGUGGUGGUGGACGAAGUUGUCGACAGCUUCAAUGUCACUUUACUGGGGAAGAGUGCAAGGGCGGCCGCCGGUAAACUGCAGAGCCUCUUGAGUGAUCUCAGCAAAUCACUACGCACGCAGGAAGUUCCUCUGAGGGACAUGGACGCGGAAGGCAAGGCUUUUUUAAACAGCAUUCGCAGAAACAACAACGUUCAUGAUUCAGUGCUCGUGUGUGAGAUGAACGACAGACUCCACCUCAUCGGGUCGUCUGUCAAGAGCUACGAGGUGAAGCAGAAGCUGUUGGGGACGUCGGCGGAGCAGUCGGGGCGAGCAGGGAGGACGUUCGAGAAGAACUCCAGGAGGAGGAGCAGCUCCCUGCCGCCCACCAACCGACCCAGGGCAGAUAUGAGAGAUAUCACUUAUUCAUCUCCUGCUGGAGCUGCAGGUUACUCCCCCUCAAAGUACCAGGAUGAGGAACAGGAAGGUGCCGGACCCGUGUGGGAGGCUGCUGGAGCUCGUCCUGGACAGAGCCGAGCUUCACGGAGACAAAGCUUCACCGAGUCACGUGAAAAAGGACGAGAAGAGAAACCUCAUGACUUUGCUCAAGAGACGAACAACAGUGGCAAACCUCCCCGCAUCAAGCAGCUGCUCGUCUGUACAAAACAUAUACAAGAAAAGCUCCAAGGUUCAAGGAAGAAAUGAGGAAUCUUAGGUUCCUGAAAGUUAAUAAACAUAUUUCCAAAAAUGUACUAGAGUUAAAUACGCUUAAGCAGAUUAAAUGUUUUUGAUAAGAAUCAUUAAAAACAUUUUUUAAAAUUAUUUAUACCCAAACAAACUAGUUUACUAUUAGUAAUAGUGAAAUGAUCAAGUUUGCCAUUUAACAUUCACAUUAGAAUUUUAUAUAAAUGUACAUAUCAUAUUCUUUCUUGGUUGAAGGUUGUUUUUCUCCUGACAGACGUCUCACACUCUUGUAUUCGUCGGCACUGCAGGUGAUUUAUUCUGGAUGAAUUCAUGAUCUGACUGGAUGAAAUGUAAAUGAUGUAAACGGACGAGUCAACGUGGCCGUUAAUUACACAAAUGACCACUGAAGCUUCCUGAAGCCUCUUUGAUUGUUAAUUAAAUGUGAUGAUAAAAAACGAAUGGCUGUUUAAUCUCGAUCUCUUUGCUCUCGGCCAUAAUUACGUUGUGCAUCUGGGGCUGUUGUCCGUGUGAUGCUUUCCUCUAGUGUGUAAUUCUGUUGUUGGCCUUUAUCUUAUCGUCGUUCAAAACCUGGACAUCAGCGGUUCUGUUUGUUUCUGUCUGCCUUUCAUUACGUUCCGAUCUGCCGUCUCCCUUCAGACCUCUGAUAUAGUACGAUUCCGUUCUGUUUGAAUUCAAGACGUUAAGCUGAAAACUGUUUGUCUUUUAAAAUCCUGUCCCAUUAAAACCUUCAAGCAUCUGCCCCUGAAGGUCUCUGUCCGGCCCUGAAGCCGAACAUGAGCGUGAUGCAUCUGCUUUUAAUGUUGUCACUGUAAUACCUGAAUCCAACGUCUAGAUGGAGGCAGAUGAGAGGAGGAGAGACGUUCGUCUGAACUGGUGUGGAGAGAGGAAGUGAUGGUGGCCGAUGGGGAUC